GGGGGAGUCCAAUACCCCCUACCAACUAGCUACGUGUUGUUCUCACCGAUAAUACUGCCACUCUUCUCUCUCUCUCUUCUCUCUCUCUCCUACAUUAUAGUAGUAGUUCUUCUUUUCCCCCAUUUUUUUUCUUUACCUCUUUAUCAUUCAAUCAAAAAAUUGAACAACCAUGUGUGGAAUACUAGCAGUUCUCGGUUGCUCUGAUGAUUCUCAGGCCAAGAGGGUUCGAGUUCUCGAGCUCUCUCGCAGAUUGAAGCAUCGUGGUCCCGACUGGAGCGGUUUGUACCAGCAUGGUGACUGUUUUUUGGCUCAUCAACGGCUAGCAAUCAUCGAUCCUGCUUCCGGUGAUCAACCUCUUUAUAAUGAAGCCAAGACCAUCGCUGUCACGGUAAAUGGAGAAAUAUACAAUCACGAGGAACUGCGGAAGCGAUUGUCUAACCACAAGUUUCACACUGGAAGUGAUUGUGAUGUUAUUGCCCAUCUGUAUGAAGAAUAUGGAGAGAAUUUUGUGGACAUGUUGGAUGGGAUGUUUUCUUUUGUGUUAUAUGACACCCGCGACAAUAGCUUCAUUGUUGCUCGUGAUGCCAUUGGGAUCACUUCCCUCUAUAUUGGUUGGGGACUCGAUGGGUCGGUUUGGAUUUCUUCGGAACUGAAAGGUUUGAAUGACGACUGUGAACACUUUGAGAGUUUUCCUCCCGGUCACUUGUACUCGAGCAAACAGGGAGGCUUUCGCCAAUGGUACAACCCUCCUUGGUUCUCUGAGGCUAUUCCGUCAACACCAUAUGAUCCACUUGUUCUAAGGCGUGCUUUUGAAAAUGCUGUGACUAAAAGACUAAUGACUGAUGUACCAUUCGGAGUCCUGCUAUCCGGAGGCCUAGAUUCAUCGUUGGUUGCCUCUAUCACCGCCCGCCACUUGGCUGGCACAAAGGCUGCCAAGCAAUGGGGAACACAACUCCAUUCCUUCUGUGUUGGCCUAGAGGGUUCACCGGAUCUGAAGGCUGCAAAAGAAGUUGCUGAUUAUUUGGGGACUGUUCACCAUGAAUUUCAUUUUACUGUCCAGGAUGGCAUUGAUGCCAUUGAAGAUGUUAUUUACCAUAUUGAAACAUACGAUGUCACAACAAUUAGAGCAAGCACCCCUAUGUUCCUUAUGUCCCGUAAGAUUAAGUCACUAGGAGUAAAGAUGGUCAUUUCUGGUGAAGGCUCUGAUGAGAUUUUUGGUGGGUACUUGUACUUCCACAAGGCACCUAACAAGGAAGAGUUCCACCGCGAGACAUGUCACAAGAUAAAGGCCCUGCAUAAAUAUGAUUGCUUGAGGGCUAACAAAUCCACAUCUGCUUGGGGGUUGGAGGCUCGUGUCCCCUUCUUGGAUAAGGAAUUCAUUAAUGUUGCUAUGAGCAUUGACCCUGAAUGGAAGAUGAUUAAGCGAGACCAAGGCCGUAUUGAAAAGUGGGUUCUGAGGAAGGCAUUCGAUGAUGAAGAGCAGCCUUAUCUGCCGAAGCAUAUUCUCUAUAGGCAGAAAGAGCAAUUCAGUGAUGGUGUUGGCUACAGUUGGAUUGAUGGCCUAAAAGCCCAUGCUGCACAACAUGUGACGGAUAAAAUGAUGCUUCAUGCUGCACAUAUCUUUCCUCAUAACACCCCGACCUCAAAGGAAGCUUACUACUAUAGAAUGAUCUUCGAGAGGUUCUUCCCUCAGAACCCGGCCAGGUUGACUGUCCCAGGAGGAGCAAGUAUAGCAUGCAGCACUGCCAAAGCUAUUGAGUGGGAUGCUUCCUGGUCAAAUAACCUUGAUCCUUCCGGUAGGGCUGCAUUGGGAGUGCAUCUCUCAGCAUAUGAGAAUCAGCCGCCCUCUGUCGCGAACGGGAAUUUGGAAACAAAAGUUGUUGACAACGUUCCUCGGAUGGUGGAAAUGCGUGCUCCGGGACUUGCAAUUGUUAGCUAACGGCCAUUGUGCAACGCAGUUUUAUGUGUGAGUUCAAGGGCAGAACUUACAGCAUAUACAGAAAAUUUAAAUGCCCUAAGCGAAUUAGGUGAUAUGUAGAUGUGAAAAAAUGUUUGUUGUAUUUGUUUAAAACCCUUGAUCCGUAUGAAUUAGUGGUUCGGAUGCAAGGUCAUGAAGUGUGCUAUCGAUUGUAUGCUGCAAUUCUCCUUUAAAAUGAAGGCUUUGAACUAUUACGUUCUCUA